CUCAUACUAGUAUUCUCACGGCGUCGGUCCGAAUCCUGCGUUCUGCUUCCAUCAGGGCCGCCAGCAUGGAGGUCUUCAUACGGAAUAUCGACUUCCAGACAUCAGAAUACGAGCUGAAGAAGACUCUGGCUGGGAUACUACAUGCAGAGCCUUUCACCCGGAUGUCUGCCCUUCCAAUCAAUUUCGAUGUCCGGCUUCUCCUGGACGACAGACGUCGACCUCGCGGCCAGGGCGUGCUCACGCUACCUACGAAGGCCAUGGGAAGGCGCUUGCUCUACGAAUUCGGCGAACGCAAGGAUGGAACACCCAGGUCCUGCUACUCCCGUGGCCGUGCCAUCGCAUUCGGCCGAAGCAAGCAGGAACCGGCAGCGGAGUUGGUUGAGGUGCUCAAACAGACACCCUACCAAGAUCCUAAGGCCUUGGAAGAUCUGAACCAACGGACGGCCCACCUGCAGGAUAGCCAUGUUACCGUCAGGACUGUCCAGUUUGGCUGGAUGGAAUAUGACUACUCCUCGUUUUCUGCCGAAUGGGAGGAGCACUUCGCGGGAGAAAACGCGUAUCUGCUGUUUGAUAAUCAACGUCGCGAGCUGCGCGUCAAAAUGAAGCAUUCAGCGACGCCUGGAAUGCUGUCGGUCAUUGUCAUGCGCUUCUCGAGCAUCCGAACCGUAUUUGCACCUACACCGCGACCCUCGCACCGCCCGGCCCUCACAAUCAUCCUAGCUGUACCGCCGAUCUUUGAAUCGGAACCCGAAGAUCCAUCCCAGGGCGGAGCACGACUGCGUUUGUCGCAGCUACCCUUUGGCAACCAUGCAAAGGUCGUCGCCGUCACCUCUCACACCCUGCGCCUUCGGCUAUCAUCCUCACAGGACGCCUUGCGUAGCUUUCGUGAGCUGGCGAGGGUUGCUGAUCUGCACCACGUCGACGACAUCGAUAUCCCUGCGACCAAAAGCGACGCGUACUCGGCGGACAUCCUGCAGCGGGUGGGCUCAUGGCAGCGCAGCCUUCCAUGGUGCAUAGCGUUCCAGAUCUAUAGCUUGCUAUACAGCUCCCACGUGCGACCGGCCGUACUAAUCUCCAAUUCAUUCCAAUCGACAGUACACGACCUUCACCGGCGCUAUGGUGAGCAGUAUUGUGCCCGCUUCCUACAGUACUUCAGGGGACGGCUCGCGGCUUGGAUUCACUACGAAGCCGACGAUGAUCUGAUGUCCGUCGACGAGUGCUUCGCACGUGCAGCCAAGGACUUCGAGGAGAAGCAGCUGAACGACGAUAUCUAUCCUGCCGAUGCCAGCAUCUUUCAGUCCCUCCAUCUCAUCGUUACGCCGACGAGGAUGAUCUUCCAGGGUCCAUUCCCGGAACGAUCUAACCGUAUAAUCCGGUCCUACGACGCGAAGCACCAUGACUCGUUCCUCCGCGUCAGCUUCACCGACGAGGACAAGCUUCACUACCGCUUCGACAGAGACGUCGAUGGAUCGUCCAUGGUUCGCAGCCGCAUUGAACGAUUCCUGAAGAACGGCAUCUGCUUAGCCGGGCAUAAAUUCGAUUUUCUGGCAUACUCACAGUCGGCGUUGAAAGAGCACACAGUAUAUUUCGUCAAGCCCUUCUGGGUGGGCAUUCGCGAAGUCAAUGCAGCGACGAUCAUUGCGGGUAUCGGGAACUUCGAAGGCAGUGAGGACCGCUUCUGUCCCGCUCGCUACGCCGCCCGCCUCUCUCAAGCGUUCACUGCAACGGAUGCCUCUGUCAUCGUCGAAGCCGAGGAGGUAUUCCCGGUCAAUGACAUCUCCACGCCUGACGGGGCGUAUCACUUCACUGACGGCGUGGGGACGAUGUCCAAGGGAAUGGCGUCGGAGACUUGGGCUGAGCUCCAGCGCUGGAGAAAGCGUACGAAGAAGACUAAAAAUGUGCCCGCCGCCUUCCAGAUUCGCUUCAUGGGAUCGAAGGGGAUGCUGAGUGUGGACCACGCUUUGCACGGACGGGAAGUCUGUCUUCGGCAUUCCAUGAUUAAGUUCGAGUCCUCGAGCGAUACCUUGGAGAUUGCGCGAGCAUUCGACAGGCCUGGCAGAUACUACCUCAAUCGCCCCCUCAUCAUGGUAAUGGAGGGCCUCGGCGUUCCCUACGAGUCUUUCCUUCGGCACCAGGAAGCUGCUGUGCAGAACGUACACAGCUCCUCGGAAUCCCUGGCGAAAUGUGCCAAGAUGUUCGAGUCCUUCGGCCUCGGCACGGCCUUCCGCGUCCCUUCCCUUCUUCUUAAUCUCGAAAAGCUGUGCAACGUCAAGAACCUGGAUGCGAAUGUUUUCUACAGGCAGAUGAUCGAGUUCGCUACCCAUCACGUCUUGCGAGAGCUGAAAAAUCGUGCCCGCAUACCCAUUCCUGGUGCUUACACGCUAGUCGGUGUAGCGGACGUGCACAGGUACUUGGGCCCCGGAGAGAUAUUCGUGUGCAUCAGACCGCACGACAGUAACGAGGUGACUUACCUCGAAGGCGAUGUCCUGAUCUCGCGCUCCCCAACGAUUCAUCCGGGCGACGUGCAGGUCGUCCGCGCGAUUGGCCGGCCGAAAGCGGGCUCGCCUUUCGCAAAGGAGCCGUUGGCCAAUACUGUCGUAUUUUCCGUGCGCGGAACGCGACCGCUGCCAACCAUGCUUGGUGGAGGUGAUCUCGACGGCGAUGAGUACAACCUCAUACCGCUCAACUCCCAUCCUGAGUUUCGUCCGGCACGCACUGUGGAGGCUGCAUCAUAUGCGCCAGCGCCACGGAAGACUCUGACGCGUGCAGCGGACAUGCGUGAUGUCGCCGAUUUCGUUAUAGAUUUCAUCAACUACGACGUCCUCGGAAUUGUGGCCAUCCACUGGCUCAUCAUCGCCGACCAGAGCAACAAGUCAAUAUUCGACGAAGACUGCUUGACCCUGUCGCAGCUUCACAGCGAUGCCGUCGAUUUCCAAAAAUCAGGACAACCCGUCGCACUCGACAGGAUUCCAGCACUGCACUUCAGAGCCAAGCCCGACUGGAAUGCACCGGAGACCGUGAAAGCCAAUUCGGCUAGAUACUACAAGAGCCAGCGGGCUAUCGGGCGCCUGGCCCGUGCUAUCACGCUGCCCUCCUUGAAGGAAGCCGAUCCAAGGUCCACGAUCCCUCCGCUCAGCGAUGAGUACAAAGACACCCGGUCUCAUCGUGGAGAGGACAUCGCGCACUGGUUCGCGGGAAUCAGCAUGGAGGAUCACGACGAUCCUGUCGUCCGUGGACUGUGCGCCUUGGUGGGCGACGAGUACGACAAGAUCUCGCACGAGCAAAAAGUGUGGACGGAGCAGCUCUUUCAGCGCUAUGCGAGCGAGCUCCGUGGCAUAUGCUCAGCGAACGCGCUCUUGCAGUCGCGUACCGCCAUGUUGUCGGAAGAGGAAGCAGUAGUAGGGACGAUCGCGCAACAGACGUCGCAGCCGCGGAAGCGGAAAGACCAUAUCACGAAGCUGCGCGAGCAGACCGACUUGCUGGUGAAGGGUAUACGUGGGAAGCUGGCUGGGGGCGAGGACGACAUGGCAGAGGAUGAGCUGCGAAGGGCAUGGCACGCCUGGAUGCUGGCGUACCAUAAGCGCAAGGCUGGAAUCUUCGGGGCGCACAGUUUUGGAUGGGUGGCGUUGGGCUCCAUCUUCGAGACGCUGAAGGAGAUCGAGGAGGGCGCAUGA